UUUCACCCAUAGUACUGGAACCAGCGAAACUAAAUCGACACUGCACUUUCUACGUAAAAAAUAACAUGAACUAUUUUUGUGCACAAUUCCGCGCAUCAGGGUGGUGACGACGUUGUCCAGUCCACGACAGAUUUGUCACCGUGAAAUUUGACAAUAUCCCACAACAAAGAUGGAGAUCAGUACUAUGAAUGAAGAUUCGGAGUUGAUAUCAGAGUUACCAGAAGGAACGACGAUACCAGUGAGGUCACUCUCCCGCAACAAGGAACCCUCGCCAAACUAUGAAGGGGAGAAGGAGACAUGCCUCAAGUAUUUCGACCUGUGGAAGGAGAACGAGCAGUUGGAGUUUGUGGAGCACCUGAUAGCGCACAUGUGCCACUACCAGCAUGGCCAGCUCAACUCCUAUCUCAAGCCCAUGCUGCAGAGAGACUUCAUCUCGGCGCUACCCAAAAAAGGUCUAGACCACAUAGGGGACAAGAUUCUCUCCUACUUGGACGCCAAGUCGCUCUGCGCGGCCGAGUUGGUGUGCAAAGAGUGGAAGAGGGUCAUAUCAGACGGGAUGCUGUGGAAGAAACUCAUCGAGCACAAAGUCCGGACCGACGAACUCUGGAGGGGGCUGUCAGACAGAAGGGGAUGGGGGCACUAUCUCUUCAAGCCCAAGCCCGGAGAAACGCCGCAAUCGGAUAUUUACUUUAGGAAGCUCUACCCACGAAUUAUUCAGGACAUAGAGAAUAUAGAGAACAAUUGGCGGUGCGGCCAGCACGAGUUGUUCAAAAUCCAGUGCCACAGUGAAAACUCCAAGGGCGUGUAUUGCUUACAGUAUGACGACCAGAAGAUCGUCAGUGGGCUUAGGGACAACACAAUCAAGAUCUGGGACCGUCAAACGUUGCAAUGCAUACAGGUGCUCACUGGUCACACAGGCUCCGUACUGUGCUUACAGUACGAUGACAAAGUCAUCAUCACUGGGUCAAGUGAUUCUACAGUCAGAGUAUGGGACGUCAACAACGGCCAGAUGCUGAACACACUCAUCCACCACUGCGAGGCAGUGCUACAUCUCAGGUUCAGCAACGGCCUGAUGGUCACCUGUUCAAAGGACCGGUCCAUUGCAGUAUGGGACAUGCGGUCGGCUACCGAGAUCAACCUCAGGCGAGUGUUAGUCGGUCACCGGGCGGCGGUCAACGUCGUGGACUUCGACGACAAGUACAUCGUCUCGGCUUCCGGAGACAGGACCAUCAAGGUUUGGAACACGUCAACGUGUGAGUUUGUCCGGACGCUCAACGGCCACAGGCGAGGCAUCGCGUGUCUACAAUACCGCGACAGGCUAGUGGUCAGCGGAUCGUCGGACAACACUAUCAGGUUAUGGGACAUAGAGUGUGGGGCCUGCCUUAGGGUAUUAGAAGGCCAUGAAGAGCUAGUGCGGUGUAUUCGCUUUGACAACAAGCGCAUCGUCAGCGGGGCGUACGACGGUAAAAUCAAGGUGUGGGAUCUGCAAGCAGCACUCGACCCUAGGGCAACCUCUGGCACGCUGUGCUUGAGAACGCUAGUGGAGCAUACGGGGCGUGUGUUCCGGCUACAAUUCGACGAGUUCCAGAUUGUCAGCAGUUCCCACGACGACACCAUUCUCAUCUGGGAUUUCCUCAAUGUGCCCUCCACCGAGUCCCUGUCCGGCAGUGGUAAAUCACCCUCACGCUCCUACACCUACGUCACACGGUAGGGGUACGAUCCCUUGUCGGCAAAAAAAAAACAACAGAUAAGGAACAAUUUCAAGUGUGUACAGAGCGGAAAGGAAUAUCGGACAUUUUUACGCCCAACUCCUGCUUGCGUUUCC